GCCCGGGGAGGAGGAGAAGGAGGCGGCCGGAGGACCCACCGAGAGCGACAUGCUGCUGGAGGAAGUGCGCGCGGGGGACCGGCUGAGUGGCGCCGCCGCCCGGGGCGACGUGCUCGAGGUUCACCGCCUUCUGCACCGCGAGCUGGUGCACCCCGACGCCCUCAAUCGCUUCGGCCAGACGGCGCUGCAGGUGAUGAUGUUCGGCAGCCCUGCCAUCGCCCUAGAACUUCUGAAGCAAGGCGCUAGCCCCAAUGUCCAGGAUGCCUCUGGCACAAGUCCUGCCCACGAUGCAGCCCGCACGGGCUUCCUAGACACCCUCAAGGUCCUCGUGGAGCAUGGCGCGGAUGUCAACGUGCCAGAUGGCACCGGGGCGCUGCCCAUCCAUCUGGCUGUGCGGGAGGGCCACAGCGCCGUGGUCAGCUUCCUGGCACCAGAGUCCGAUCUCCAUCAUCGGGAUGCCAGGGGCCUCACCCCCCUGGAGCUGGCGCGGCAGAGAGGGGCACAGCACCUGUUGGACAUUCUGCAGGGGCACACGGUGAUCCCACUGUGACCCAGGGAGACCCCCUUUCGAUCAGGGGGACCCCACUGGGUGCUGUCAGAAGAGCAGGGGAGAAACACUACCCAGGUGGGGGGGGAGGGGGAGCGAGGAGCCAUUUGUGGCAUUGUUGGUGUUGAUUUCUGGAGUGCUGUGUGUUUAGGGGGGACGUUUCUCAUUUUGUUUUUCUCACUUUGGUGUGUUGGAUUGAGGAGGGCUCCUACAGGCCCACAGCCACCUGAACGGUUCGGUUUCUCCUUUAAAGCCCUAGCCCUAGAGUGAGGUCAUCGUCUCCAGGGACUUCUGGAACCUGGUGACCUUGGCUGGCUAGCUGUGCUGGGGAGAGCAGAGGGGGUAGAGGAAGGUCUGGAAAGUGUGGGUGCGCCCUACUUCGGGCAUGGAGGAAGGGGGAGCGUUUCAAAUCAAUAAAGAGUAGCAAUGAGUUCAUUUCAUAUUUGGAGGGAAGCUCUUUCCAGUCUCUUGUACAGAAGACUCUAUUUAUUAAGCUUGUUGGUAUGUGCUAACUUAAAUGUUUUUACCCAUUAAAUUAAGAUUUGUGUUUGA